AUGACAGAUAUAGGGGUAUUUGUUAACAUCAUUCCAUCCAAAUGUAAAUCAACAUACGAGAUUCCCAUAAGAAAGCGAUCCGAAGAAAAAAAUAUUAUAAAUAAAAAUGACAAAGUUAAAUUCCUCGGUAAAGAAGUUCCAAAAAUGUCAUUUCUUUCCGUAGUAUGGACUGUAUUAACUGGACCUCAUGUUGAAAUCGCAUAUCCAAUACCUAAUGAAUAUUAUCAAUCAGGAAUAUUCAAGGCUCGUUUGGGACCAUACGAUUAUCAUACUAUCGUAAGUGCUGAGUUUGCCAAAAAAAUUUUAACUGAGAAUGAGGAUACAUUUCCCAAAUAUCACUUCGGUAAUGAACUACCUGUACAUAAAUUUUAUGGAACCGGGAUCGUUUUUUCCAAUGGUGAAAAAUGGCGUGCUCAUAGAAAAUUAUCGAACCCAGCAUUUAAUCGUUCAUUGUCUUCAAAUGUCAUGGGUGAAGUAGUCUUGGAUGCUUUUAAAUUAAUGAACAGCGAAAUUCAUGAACCAAUCGACAUUUAUGAAUUGCUACAACAUAUAACAAUUGAAGUAUUAGGAUUGGUUGCUUUUGGACAUUCGUUCGGUACUUUAAAAUCUAAAGAAUUGCCAGAUAUCGUGCGCAAGUAUAAAACUAUCAUGAAUCAUGUCGAAACAUAUUUAUUAUAUGUAUUUCCUUUUUUAAAUAAAUUACCAAUCAAAAGAAAUAGAAUUUUCCAUGAAGCAUUAAAAGACUUUGAUAAAUAUAUAUAUGAAAUCAUUGACAUGAAAAGAAUUGAAUUAAUUAAACGUAAAAAGUUAAAUGAAAGUAAAGCGUUCGAACAUGAAGAAUUAUUAGUUAGUAUGUUGGAGGCUAGUGAACAAGAAAAUAUUUAUAUCGGAAGGCAAGAGUUAAGAGAUAAUAUGAUAACAUUCUUUAGUGCUGGAAAUGACACUACAUCGAUGGCCAUAAGUUCUUCUAUUUACUAUCUUGCAAGAUAUCCAGAAAUGCAAAAGAGGGCAAGGGAUGAAGUUAUAAGUGUAAUAGGCGAUGAAGUCAAAAUACCAACGGUGGAUAAAUUAAAGGAUUUACAUUAUCUAAAUGCUAUUAUAAAAGAAAGUUUGAGGCGAUACCCUGCUCCAUUAUCAUAUCGACAACUUCAGAAACCAACGAAAUUUGGAGAAUAUUUACUUCCAGAGAAGUCUAUAAUAAAAGUUUCCAACUACGGUGUACACCAUGAUCCAAAAUAUUGGAAAAAUGCUUAUAAAUUCGAUCCCGACAGAUGGUUAUCAAAAGAAAAAAAUGAAAAGACUCAUUCAUUUUCUUAUAUUCCAUUUAGUGCUGGUCCUAGAAAUUGCGUUGGACAAAACUUUAGUGUAAUGGAACAAAGAGUCAUCCUUACAAUGUUUCUAAUCAAGUACGAUUGGAGUUUGCCUAAAAAUUCUAUACAUAAGGAAGAUUUGGUUUUAAGUAAAGCAUUUCUAUUUAGACCCAAAAAUCUCAAAAUUAAAUUUCAAGAAAGGAUGAACAUUUGUUAA